AUGCCAGGUAUCGUUGUGUCAAGUACAGAUAUGUCAGCUAUGGUUGUGUCAAGUGCCAAUAUGUCAGGUAUCACUGUGUCAAGUACCGAUGUGUCAGGUAUCACUGUGUCAAGUAUAUGUCGUUGUGUCAAGUACCAUAUGUCAGGUAUCGUUGUGUCAAGUACCAAUAUGUCAGGGUUCCAUGUGUCAAGUACCGAUAUGUCAGGUAUCACUGUGUCAAGUACCGAUAAGUCAGGUAUCCAUGUGUCAAGUACAGAUAUGUCAGCUAUGGUUGUGUCAAGUACCAAUAUGUCAGGUAUCACUGUGUCAAGUACCGAUGUGUCAGGUAUCACCGUGUCAAGGACCGAUGUGUCAGGUUGCAUUGUGUCAAGUACCGAUAUGUCAGGUAUCAUCGUGUCAAGUAAAGAUAUGUCAGGUAUCGUUGUGUCAAGUACCGAUGUGUCAGGUAGCAUCGUGUCAAGUACCGAUAUGUCAGGUAGCAUCGUGUCAAGUACCAAUAUGUCAGGUAUCACUGUGUCAAGUACUGAUAUGUCAGGUAUCGUUGUGACAAGUACCGAUAUGUCAGGUAGCAUCGUGUCAAGUACCGAUAUGUCAGGUAUCAUCGUGUCAAGUACAGAUAUGUCAGGUAUCGUUGUGUUAAGUACAGAUAUGUCAGGUAUCACUGUGUCAAGUACCAAUAUGUCAGGUAUCGUCGUUUCAAGUACCGAUAUGUCAGGUAUCACUGUGUCAAGUACCGAUAUGUCAGGUAUCGCUGUGACAAGAACCGAUAUGCCAGGUAUCACUGUGUCAAGUACCGAUAUGUCAGGUAUCAUCGUGUCAAGUACCAAUAUGUCAGGUAUCGUUGUGUUAAGUACAGAUAUGUCAGGUAUCACUGUGCCAAGUACCAUUAUGUCAGGUAUCGUUGUGUCAAGUACCGAUAUGUCAGGUAUCCUCGUGUCAGUACCAAUAUGUCAGGACAAUGGAAUGCGUUCUGUUAUCGAAAUCACAACUGGACAGUACAAUGGAACGUGGUCUGUUAUCGAGAUCAUCACUGGACUGGACAUGGGAACGUGGUCUGUUAUCGAGAUCAUCACUGGACUGGACAGUGGAAGUCGUUCUGUUAUCGAGAUCACAACUGGACAGGACAAUGGAACGUGGUCUGUUAUCGAGAUCAUCACUAGACUGGACAUGGGAACGUGGUCUGUUAUCGAGAUCACAACUGGACAGGACAGGGUUACAUGGUCUGUUAUCGAGAUCACAACUGAAUAG